GGGCUCCCGGGCUCCCCUCCUCCCCAGCCCGCUCCUCCAGCUCCCUCGCCAACUCCGGGCCCCAGCCGCGGGCGGGCGCACGGCGGGCGGGCAGCAUGCUGAGCCUCCUCGUCUGGAUCCUCACUCUCUCCGAUACUUUCUCCCAAGGGACCCAGACCCGCUUCAGCCAGGAGCCAGCCGACCAAACCGUGGUGGCCGGACAGCGGGCCGUGCUCCCCUGUGUGCUGCUCAACUACUCUGGGAUUGUGCAAUGGACCAAGGACGGGCUGGCCCUGGGCAUGGGCCAGGGCCUCAAAGCCUGGCCGCGGUACCGGGUCGUGGGCUCCGCGGACGCCGGGCAGUACAACCUGGAGAUCACGGAUGCCGAGCUGUCUGACGACGCCUCCUACGAGUGCCAGGCCACCGAGGCCGCCCUGCGCUCCCGGAGGGCCAAGCUCACCGUGCUCAUCCCCCCGGAGGACACCAGGAUUGACGGAGGCCCUGUGAUUCUGCUGCAGGCAGGCACCCCGCACAACCUCACGUGCCGAGCCUUCAACGCCAAGCCUGCAGCCACCAUCAUCUGGUUCCGGGACGGGACACAGCAGGAGGGUGCCGUGGCCAGCACGGAGUUGCUGAAGGAUGGGAAGAGGGAGACCACCGUGAGCCAGCUGCUCAUUAACCCCACAGACCUGGACAUCGGGCGUGUGUUCACCUGCCGCAGCAUGAACGAGGCCAUCCCGAGUGGCAAGGAGACUUCCAUCGAGCUGGAUGUGCACCACCCUCCUACAGUGACCCUGUCCAUUGAGCCACAGACGGUGCAGGAGGGUGAGCGUGUCGUCUUCACGUGCCAGGCCACAGCCAACCCCGAGAUCCUGGGCUACAGGUGGGCCAAGGGGGGGUUCUUGAUUGAAGAUGCCCAUGAGAGUCGCUACGAGACGAAUGUGGAUUAUUCCUUCUUCACGGAGCCUGUGUCUUGUGAGGUCCACAACAAAGUGGGGAGCACCAAUGUCAGCACUCUAGUAAACGUCCACUUUGCCCCCCGGAUCGUGGUUGACCCCAAACCCACGACCACAGACAUUGGCUCUGAUGUGACCCUCACCUGUGUCUGGGUUGGGAAUCCCCCCCUCACUCUCACCUGGACCAAAAAGGACUCAAACAUGGGGUCCAGGCCUCCUGGCUCCCCACCCGAGGCUGCUCUCUCUGCCCAGGUCCUGAGUAACAGCAACCAGCUGCUGCUGAAGUCCGUGACUCAGGCAGAUGCCGGCACCUACACCUGCCGGGCCAUCGUGCCUCGGAUCGGAGUGGCCGAGCGGGAGGUGCCACUUUAUGUGAAUGGGCCCCCCAUUAUCUCCAGCGAGGCGGUGCAGUAUGCUGUUAGGGGUGACGGUGGCAAGGUGGAGUGUUUCAUUGGGAGCACGCCACCUCCGGACCGCAUAGCCUGGGCAUGGAAGGAGAACUUCUUGGAGGUGGGCACCCUGGAGCGCUACACAGUGGAGAGAACCAACUCGGGCAGCGGGGUGCUGUCCACGCUCACCAUCAACAACGUCAUGGAGGCCGACUUUCAGACCCACUACAACUGCACCGCCUGGAACAGCUUUGGGCCGGGCACUGCCAUCAUACAGCUAGAAGAGCGAGAGGUGUUACCCGUGGGCGUCAUCGCCGGGGCCACCAUCGGCGCAGGCAUCCUGCUCAUCUUCUUCUUCAUCGCCUUGGUAUUCUUCCUCUACCGGCGCCGCAAAGGCAGUCGCAAGGAUGUGACCUUGAGGAAGCUGGACAUCAAAGUGGAGACGGUGAACCGAGAACCGCUCACGAUGCAUUCUGACCGGGAGGACGAUGCUGCCAGUGUGUCCACCGCGACCCGGGUCAUGAAGGCCAUCUACUCGUCCUUUAAGGAUGAUGUGGAUCUGAAGCAGGACCUGCGCUGCGACACCAUCGACACCCGGGAGGAGUAUGAGAUGAAGGACCCCACCAACGGCUACUACAACGUGCGUGCCCACGAAGACCGCCCGUCCUCCAGGGCGGUGCUCUAUGCUGACUACCGCGCCCCUGGCCCUGCCCGCUUCGACGGCCGCCCCUCAUCCCGUCUCUCCCACUCCAGCGGCUACGCCCAGCUCAACACCUACAGCCGGGCCCCUGCCUCCGACUACGGCCCGGAGCCUGCGCCCCCUGGCCCUGCUGCCCCAGCUGGCACUGACACCACCAGCCAGCUGUCCUACGAGAACUAUGAGAAGUUCAACUCCCAUCCCUUCCCCGGGGCAGCUGGGUACCCCACCUACCGACUGGGCUACCCCCAGGCCCCGCCCUCCGGCCUGGAGCGGACCCCAUAUGAGGCGUACGACCCCAUCGGCAAGUACGCCACGGCCACUCGAUUCUCCUACACCUCCCAGCACUCGGACUACGGGCAGCGAUUCCAGCAGCGCAUGCAGACUCACGUGUAGGGCCAGAGCCUGGCUGGGGCGUCUCUGCGGGGCAGAGGAGAAGGCUUUCACAGCUGUUCCCUGAUAUUCAGGGGCAUUGCUCGUUGCUCCCUUCUCGGACCAGCCUUCCUCCUCCGCCGUGGCAGGUGGGGAGCAGGUCUCCCAGAAACACCCCGUCCCGAGGAUGGUGCUCUGUGCAUGCCCCAGCCUCCCGGGCCUGCCCUUCCCUCUUCUUCGGGAGGGUGUGUCUCUUCCGACCUGCGCUCCUGCCUGACCCCAGCUAGGGGACAGGGAUGUGAAGGUUGGGGAGAGCAGAGGGGGCACUUUUUAGCAUUCCCUUUCUAUCCCACCCUCUGGUCUCCCGCAAGUGGGAACGGGGGUAUAUGGGUGUGGGCAGGCUUUGGCCUAGGGGACAUGGAGUAUGGGAGUGGGUGGCUCUGGCACAGGCAGGUGGAAAACGGCACAGCCCGGCCAGUCCCUGUGUUGUGUGCAUUCAUGCGCUGGGUGCAUCUCUCCCUCCUUAGGGGACUGCAGAAGGGACCUUGGAUUUGUUUUAGCUCUUGUCUACAGAACAGCCCUGGCACCGAGUUCAAAUCCAGCCCUCAUUCAGCCGGGAUCAAAAUGCCAGUCACUCUGGCUGCCCACUGUGGACACUCGUCUGUCAGCGUGCAGGGGAGCCAGGCGUCCCCAGCAGCACUGCCCGAUUUCCUUCUCUGUGCGGGGCCAGCCAGAUAAGUCCGGGUCCAGGUGGAGAAGGACCGUGUCCUAAUUGACCAAGAGACCGCUAUUGCAUAGCAGUUUCCAGAACCGACACUAGAGGGAGCCACCUGUCUCUCCCCGUCUGCCCCACUUCCUCGCUUUGACUCUGAGCCUGUUUGGGGAGGAGUGAGGUAGGGUGGGGUGCUUUGGGCUAUAUUUCAAAGACAACAAAAACAAUGAAAACCUCAUUUGGGGGGGAAAAAGCUGUAAGGAUUCCCCCACCCAAAUACAAGUCCCAGUGGAAGGGAAAGGGGCACCUGUUCUUCUCCACCAGGUUCCUAGCACCCUCCAUUACUCUUUCAGUCUCCAAGCACUUUGAAUACAUUUUACACAUUCAGGUGGUGAGACCUGUCACACAGGUGGGCGCUCUGAUAGGGUUAGGGAGAGGGCCUGGCUCUCAGGCUCUACUGUCCUACCUGGGGGCCCACCAGCUGGUUAGAGGCCACCUUCCAAGGGGGCAUGGGAGAUGUUCUCUUUAGACAGGUUUUUGUUAAGUGUCUUUUUUUUUUCUUUCUUGGACCAAUCAGAUUCCUUCUUCCACUUUCAGUGCCUUGAGCGUCAAGCUUUGGAUGACCCACCCUGUGUGGGCCGGUUUUGUGCAGGGAGCGGGUACUGCGAGCCCCAGACACACUGUCAGAUGUUGCAGUGUUGGGGAGAGGUGGAGAGGGAAUCUGGAGAGGUAGGGGGGCCGGGAAACGGCCCCGACAGAGAACUUGUGCAGACCGGGAGAAGGUGGCACGGAAGGGCGCUGCAGGCACGCCACGGCCCAUUUCUCCUCCUCCAUGCGCACGCGCGCGCACAUCCACGCAUUCCACACGACCGCUUCGCCGCCGCCACCUUCCGACCAAAGAGAACCUCUGCCCCUGCCCCGGCCUCGCCUUCCCAGGGAGCGGUGCCUGGAGUUGGCUCUUCUCUGCCUUCCCCGCUGCUGCUUGUCUGGUGGGAGGCGGGGCCUCGGGUGCAAUUCCCAGAAUGUUCCUUGCCCUUUCUCGGUGGUCACCAUUCAUUACUCAUGUUCACUUUAAUGAGUUACAUGCUCAUCAGCCACGGGCCAUCACCACCCUUACUGAUGGGCCUGAGGGGUGACAUUCCCAGGCAUCCCUUUGCUGGUAACCAGAUAAUACCCAGGAAGCAAGUAGCUCCAGUUCCGACCUCCCAGGCAGCCUCUGUGUCCUCUAUUUCAGCAGAGAGGGUCCUGCGGACUGGGCCUGGCUGGCACUUGUGGGCUCCCAGCUGUGUCCCACCCCUGGAAGCUGACCCCUUUCUGCAAGAGUCUUUUUGUGAGGACUCAGUGGGAAGGUCUGUCAAGAAUGCAGGUUCCUGUGCAGAAAACGGAUACAAAGUUUUACUGUUUUCAUAGACACCAGAGCCAUGGGUAAUCCGAACACUUAAAACCUAUGAUUGAUGGCUUUUUAAACAUGAAUAUUCAAGAAAAAAUUUUUUUCUUGUUUUGGGUUUGGCCAGACUCUAUUUCCUUCUUUUUGUUUUAAGUAUUAGGCCCAUUCUGUUGAAAUGAUGGCAAGGAAGGGCCCAAGGUGACUAGGUAAUUCAGCUGAAGGUGCAGAAAAAGGAAACCCAGUUUUCAGACGCCUGGUACAGGGCUACUUCGCUGUACUCUGCUGUUUAACACAUGGACUGGGUCCUGGGUGUCGAGCAAGCACCAUGUAAGGCAAAGGAAACAUCAGCAACCAAGGCAGCCUCUGCCUGCCCUCUGCAACUCACACGCUGGUGCCAUCAGAAUCUGAAUUGGAACUGCCUGGUAGGCCCCAUGGAACUACUGUUUUGAGGAGUGGGCUUGAUCACAGAGCUUUGCUGUCUAAUGCUUGAGUCUUCUAGCCUGGUGGUGCUCUGUACUUGGUGAUCCUGAUCACCUUCGACAUUCUUGCUUCAGUGGAAAGAGCAAGGGACUAGGGUCAGGAGACCUGAGAGCCAGUCCUGAAACUGCUGUUAACUGAGUGACCUUGGCCUAACCUCUUUACAUUCCUCGCCCCCAAUUUUCUGGCCUGUAAAGUGAGGGGUAAGGGUUGCACCAACCAAGUCUGCUCUUCACUUGCUGUUUCUGCUUGGUGGGGCCUGUGGGGCGGGGAGGGAUAGCUUAUCCCUAGCAAGGAGUUGGGAACAGUGGCUAGCACGUUGGUGGAUAGAAGGUUCUCCUAUUCAAAGAAAUUUUCACCAUGGGCUUCAUUAUCUUAUUCGAAGUGUGAAUUGAUUCCCAACAGGGACCCCUGCAUCCUAAACAGCAACAAAAAGCACACCCUAAACUUCCGAGCAAAAUCAAUAUGGUGGGUUAUCCUUUAGCCCUUGGGUCAUGCAUGGUGUUCCCCAUAUAAUCCCAAUAGGUUUGCAAAAGUGUCUCUUGCCAGGGCAGGACAGGGUGUGUUUCCUUUACUGUGUACCCAGGUUUCAGGCAACUACUGUCUGGGAAAAUGGGAGCAGCCACCCUCCACCCCAGUCCUCAGGAACAUCCCUCUGGCCCAGGGUCGGCCCGUUCCCCUUACCAAGCAGUGAAACCUGUAGUCCAAGGUGUCUAGAGCCAGGGCACAAUGAGUGGGCACAGCGGACCCUGUUGGGAAGCAGCCUUCUGCAAGGGGAACUGGUGGAGGGAAGAGGAGUAAAGCAGUUUUGACAGAAAUUCUGGUCUUGAAGAGGUUCUCGUGAUUCUGGGUGAGUCGUGGUCUCUUUCUUUAUGGAGGGCCCAGCCUGCAUCCAAAAUCCUGGAUCCCUCAAAGUCCAGCCAUGGGGUUUGCAUGAAGCAAAAACCAUAAGUUAGAAAGGAGAAAGGCCAGGGAUGGGAGCAGGGCUAUGUGCUCACAAACGUCUUGCUGGGAGUGAAGGGGCUAGUUUGACUGCCCUGUCUCUGGGCAGUAUGUUCUCUCCUUAUGCCAGCAGUCGCCUCUCCCCUCGUGGUGUUGAGGGGAGCCUUUUCUGCUUUACAGCAAGGAGCACAUUGCACCAGGCCCUCUUAUUAACCUGUGGACGCUCUGUCAGGAGCCACGAGUCCCGGGCUCCUUCAGAUGGCAUUGGAGGGCCUGUCAGUGUAUUUGACCCAGGUGCAUAGCAAUGUUGGGCCAUUUGGGUUUGAAGAAAACCACGUUAAAGCCAAGACCCCCUUUGGAGCGAACUGGCUCAGCUGCUGCCUUGCUGUUUUCUGUGUGGACAGUCCUGUCCCCACUGCUGAACUCCAGGCCCUCCCAAGGCUUCUCUGUGCAUCAGUGCUGUCUGACCUGAGCCUGGUCAUCACCCUGUCUCUGGGCCGUUGUGCGUGUUGAGAAUUACCCGGUGGGAUUAGCCAAGCUGCUGACCCUGGUGCGGCCUGUGAGGAGGCUGUGAUGAAGCCGGAGUGCCCAGACCAGGAGAUGUGAUUGGAAGGGCAUUUAUUUUUGUGAAGAGGAUAUCAAAUUAGCAUUUAAAUAUCCCAUUCCUCUCUCCUGGCCUGCCCCACCCCGCAGGGUUUCUCUGUCCCCAAGUUCAGACUUUGAGAAUGGCACCGGCUCACCUUUGUCUGCUGGGUCCUGACACUCCAGACCUCUGGGCUGGUGGAGGGGCCUCAGAAAUGGAUGGUGGGGGCGGGAUCCCAUUUUCUUGCAUCACUGUGAGGGAGCUCCAGGCCCUGUCCCUGGAGAAAUAAUUGCUGCGCAGAAGUCACAGGCCAUGCUGGGCAGUUCUGGUACAAGCCUGCCCUUAAAAAAAAUAAUAAUAAUAACUCCAUUUGCAUAGAACUAUCACUCAUUCCUACCAGCCCACUGCCUCUGUCCUUGGCUUUUUUGCUGGCCCAAAUCACGGGCCUCUGAGUGUUGGUGGUCCCUGGGCUCUUCAGAUGCUGCCGCUUGGGAAUACUAACUCUGGGGAGACAGCAGCCAAAUUGCCAAUACAAUCAAACUCUUGACACAAUCCUGUUAGCAGUAGUGACCCAGAAGAUUCUGCUGCCUACAAUUUCACCAGAAAGAGGUCCAGAGCUCCCUGUGGUCACAUUUUCUACCCCCAGCUAUUCCUGGGAUUGCAACUGCCAUGUCUGGCUCCAGUUGAAUUUUCUCCACCCAACCCCCCAGUAAUAAAUGGAUCCAUGAUGAUAACUAAGAGAAGAGAAAAAAAAUAUAUUAUUUUUGUUAGGACAAACCAUCGUAGAUUUUUAGCAAUGUGUAUCUGUGUGUCCCUCACACCUUUUUCCUAUUCUGCCUUUUUUUUUCCUUUUUUUAAAAUAUUAUGUACUAUAUUUUUAGUCUCAAACACACUAUAUAUUAUAUAUAUUUAAUUUUUUUAUAUAUAUAAAUAUAAAUGUUUUAAAAAGU